GUCGACGUCAAACGGAAUGUUGUGUCACGGUCUCAUCUUGCAGUUGCUCCUCGGCUCAAACCACAUUUUCAAUUCCAUCUUUUUCCUUCUCAGUGCUCUGCUUCCAUAUUUACUCCUUCGACACCUUAGUCAGUCAUAGCAUCCCGAGGCUGAGGAGGACUGAACGAUGGGCCAGUGAAGUCUAAGGUGCUCAACUGCGUUCGGCAUUCGCGGUCUCUGCUGGUACAGCACUGAUUCAUUAAAAAAUGGACAGUCGUCCACAUCAUGAGGAUAUUCCGGCGCAUCCUCUAGCCAACCGGGGGGAGGGGACAAUGGUGCCUUAUCCAGAGGACGCCGAACAGAUGUACAACGAGCGAUUCCACCUGAUCAAGGAGAUAGUGCACGAGCUCGAGGAUGAAAACGACCUCAUUGCGAUAAAGAUCGCUCAGUUCGAGGAGCGCAUCAAUUCUCUUCGUCAUCAAAAAUCUGCCAAUGGGGAUGUGAAGAGGGCGUCUCCCUAUCCAGCACAAGCUUCCCCAGCUCCGCCCACCUCCCACUCCUUCCGCGAGCCUCCGCCCUCCGAUAUCCAAUCGACGGGGACAGUCCCUCCCGUUCACCAACAAUCUCCACCACUAGAACACUCCUCGAUGGACAAGAGCGCUUCCAAUGGCCAUACAGCAGCGACCCACGAGCCUGGUGAUCACGACAUUCCUCCAGUCCUACCCCAGUAUCCCGGUCAACCGCCCGUACCUGCCGAUACACCCAGAUCCUCAGACGCAGGGCGCGACACGAUGGCUCAGAGCGAUGAUGACGAAGUCAUGGAUGACUAUUAGGCGGGAAGGAGGCAGAAUUGUUGUACGUUCAGUGUCGUCGAUAGGAAAAC